CACAGAAGUACUGCAAAAGACCCAUGCCUUUGACCCGCAGCGCUCGCGCGCGAAGCCAUCCAGCCCUGGCGUCCGACGAUGUCCUCUCCACUGUCUUCUCAUUUAUCACUCCCGAAGCCGGCUUUGGCGCCGCGACGGCCAGCAAGACGUUGCGUGACGCGUGGCGCCGCCGCUGCAGAGGGAUGCUGCGCGUGCAUCGCCAGCAAAUCGGAGAAUUCCAGUAUAGCGAUCACUGCGUUGCGUACGGUGAUGGCGUGAUGAUUGCAAAUUACGGGCGAAUGGCGUUUAGCGGGUGCCUCGCAACGUUCUCGAACGACGGCGUCGCUGGUGCAGAACUAAACACGAACCUCAACACCCCGCGGGUGGUUGCCCUUCGAGGCGAUGGUACGGCUUGGGUCCUCUUGUCAGACGAAUCACGAAUCGUUUGCGUGCGACUAGCAGAACCACCUUCAGACGAGGAUAGCGACGAGGCAGACGCCUACAACGAGUCUCUCAUGAGAAUCGAGAUCGCUGAUGCAUACUGGAUCGAUACAUUCGCCCUCGCCGGUGAUGCGCUACUGGUCUUGUAUCGCAGCACCGAAAAUGGACAGACUGUUUGCUUUAUUGACGUGUACGACAAUCAAACUGGAACGCUUCUGCGCAAGUUUGCCUUGGCUGGCCGGCCUGAGCAGGACGAAGAGCAGGGGGGCAUCGCGGUGCAGGGCGAUGCGCUGUACAUAGUUCGCCGAAAUGCAGAUAUUGUCGAUGUUUACAACUGGCGCGAAGGGAUCCUUUCGCGCAGCUUUGGCAGGGGUCGCGUUCGCUUCGAUAGGCCCGGUGGCAUUUCAGUUCGUGGCAAAACCAUGUACGUUUCUGAACGCCAUCAAAUCCAAGUGAUUCGUCUCCCCGACGAUGAUAGCGCGGAGCCUGAAAUCCUACAAGUCAUCCCGUCGCCGGACGGCGAGGAGCUUGGCGGUCUUUGCCUGAACGGCAACCUUUUAUGGUGCAUGGGGCCAUAUUUUGGUCCAGCGGGUAGUUCAGUGGGUGAGGACAGUACUUACGUGCACCUCUUCGGCCCCUGUUACGAGUAUUCAAAGUGUAUUACGAAGGCCCGCCCCCGCCCGCGAGCUCGGCGCACGCCUCCUCGAGGCGCGCGCACGCGGCCUCGCACGCCUCGGCCGCCAGGUUUCCGUAGCAGACCCGUAUGAACCCCGGCAUGCCGCACGCGCUGCCCGGGAUGACGGCGACGCCGUGCUCGCGCGCCAGCCACUCGACGACGGCCUCGUCGUCGGCGCGCGGCAGUUUGGCCACCACGUAGAUCGCUCCGUCGGACGCGCCCACGCCGCCGCCGAGCGGUUGUAACGCCUUCAACACGUGCUUCUUCUGCGCGUCGGCGAGGGCCGCGAUGCGCGGGCCCGUCCACCGUCCAUCAACGUCCGCUUCCAACGCCGCCAGAGCUGCUUUUUGAGAACACUGCGCCGCGCAGAUCGCGACCGUGUCUUGAGCUUUCAGCAUCUGCGGUCCGAUCGACGGGUCGUAGGCCAGGUAGCCCACGCGCCAGCCCAUCAGCCCGUAGGCCUUCGAAAAACUAAAAAUGUUGACGACGUGGGGGCCUUCGACCAGUGAGUGCGUCGCGCCGUACACGAAGGCGUCGUACGUGUUGUCCACGACGAGCCACGCGUUUUUCUCACCACAGAGAUCCGCGAUGGCCCUUAGCCUCCCUUCCGGGAUCACCGCGCCCGACGGGUUGCCCGGGUUUACGAGGACCACGCAUCUCGCGCCUCCAUCUAACGCUUUCCGCGUCGCCUCGACCGUGGGCAGCAGCGCGUCGUCCGUCUGAGCAAUAACCACGCGACACCCGCGCAUGUCGAGCAUCAUCUUGUGGUUGAAGUAGUACGGCGCGAACAAGACGCACGCGUCGCCGGCAUCCAACAGUGUUAGUGCGACGUUCGUAAACGCCUGGUUCGCGCCGGCCGUGACCAUGACUUCGCAAUUCGUGAGGCCCUUGAGUCUCAAACGGUCCGCUAGAGCCGCUCUCAGCUCCGGCAGCCCGGCGUCGGCGCCGUAGGAGUGGCUCGUCGGUUCCCGAGUUGAUGCGGCGGCGGCCUCGACGGCGGCAUCUGGCGGCGCCCAGUGCACGAUGCCUUGGGCCAGCGACGCGACGCCCGGCUUUGAUAAAUUGCGCAUCUUCUCGACGAUGGGCGCGUCCGUCUUGACGACGCUUUUUGAUGGUUGGGCCAUAGUCCUUACUCUUCGCGCCGUCCGCGCGAAACGCAGCGCCAGGACGCGCCUUGGCAAUUGCACGCUGCGUCGGCGUGGCUUGGCGGCUGUGAGGUAUUUUGGGAGAGCAGUGAGUUGUGCUCUGCCCCAGGCGCCGCACGGCUCUCGACGCUGCGGCAGCAGCUAUAAUUGAUCGAAAGCUUGCACAAACCGGUACGAAGCCGUGCGUACAAGCACGUCGUGCCGAGUUCAACAAC